GCGCAGAAGAACUUCAUUGUAAACCUGUUCAAUGAGACAAAAAGUGCCGUGGGAAGUGACUUCAACGACCAGCUGAACCGACUAUCAUCGGUUUGGCACGAGUACAACCGACUUUUGGAUAGAUUCGAAGACCUCAUAAACCCACUCUUAGCGGGCUGCAACUUAAUCGAAAAGCUGGAGAAAUUCUGGUCCACAUGGCCAAAGCAGAUGUCAGAAGCGACGAGCAAUGAGACCAAACUUUCUGAACUUCAGGUGAGCCAGAAGUUUUGCAAUUCUGUCCCCUUCUUUGUUGGUACGUCUCGCCGAAGAAAGAGGAUUAGAAGGGUUUAG